GGCACACGGUCAAUAUAAGUGAUACACACAUAGACAGACAGACGACACAUGUGGAUGGUGUCUCGUUGACUCUCAUCCUAGUCGUUUUUAUUCAAACAAAAAUGAUUCACGUCAUUAUGAGCGCAAUUUAUUGUGCGUAGAAAAUCCACAGCAUCACUUUUGAUGCUACUUUUGUUUGUCACGCGAUCUACGUCGUGUUGAAGUAUGGGGAAGUCAAAGACCAAGAACCAGAAGAAAUCCCGAACGUCAGCCAACCACUUGGCCGAGCAGACGUAUGGAGCCGUCCCCCACUCCUUCGUCUUUCACCGUGGUCAAAUCGGGAAAAACGUGGCUCAGCUCAUCCUGGACGUGAGGAGAGUCAUGGCUCCUUUUACUGCAGAGUCUCUGAAGGUGAGGAAGAAGAACGUGCUGAAAGACUUUGUCUCCAUCGCGGGGCCACUGGGGGUGACGCACUUCAUGAUCUUCAGCAAAACCCAGACCACCGUCAACAUGAGACUUGCUCGGCUUCCUAAAGGUCCCACGCUUCAUUUCCAAGUGCUCAAGUACUCUCUCGUCAAAGACGUGGUUUCAACUCUGAAGAAGCACAGGAUGCACGAACAGCAGUUCACCCAUCAUCCACUGCUCGUCCUCAAUAACUUUGGGUGCGACGGCAUGCACGUCAAACUCAUGGCCACCAUGUUCCAAAAUAUGUUCCCGUCCAUCAACGUGCACAAAAUUAGCCUCAACAACAUCAAGAGGUGUGUGCUGGUGAAUUACAACCCAGAGACGGAGGAAAUCGAAUUCAGACACUACAGCCUGAAGGUCGUUCCCGUCGGCAUGAGCCGCGGAGUGAAGAAGCUGAUGCAGGAGCGAUUCCCCAACAUGAGCAAGCUCGAGGACAUCAGUGAGCUGCUUAUGAAGGGCGCAAAUCUGUCGGAGAGCGAGGCGGAACAAGACGGCGAGCACAACAUCACCGAGCUGCCGCAGGUCUACUCCGGCAGGGGCAACAUGGCGUCGCAGCAGAGCGCCGUCCGCUUGACUGAGAUUGGUCCUCGCAUGACUCUGCAGCUGAUGAAGAUCCAAGAGGGCAUGGGAGAAGGAGACGUCCUUUAUCAUUCUUUAAUUUCCAAGACCGAGGAGGAAAUACAGGAGAUCCUGAGCCGGAAGGAGGCUCAGAUGAAGGAGAAGGAGGUUCGGAAGAAGAAGCAGGCGCAGAACGUCGCUCAGAAGAAAGAGAAACGAGAAGAGAACAAAAAGAAGAGUCUGGAGGGCAUAAAGAAGAAAGAGGCUGAAGAAGAGGACAGUGAGGUGGAGAAUCCUGGGCUGCCGGAGGGUCAGACAGCUGCUGUUGAAUCUGAUGACGAGGCGGAAUAUUACAGACAGGCCGUCGGAGAGGAGCCAGAUGAAGACAUGUUCCCUGCUGCCAAGAAGAGGCGGAGCUCAGAGAAGCCACAAGGAUUUGUGAGGAAGAGGAAAACGUCCAGAGAUGGAGACGCCAGAUCUCCAAAGAGAAAUGGUCCAGGAGGACGAUACGGGGACAAACCGGGAAAAGGACGGAAGAUGUCCGGGGACAGGGAGAAACCAUUUGGAAAGAAAAUGAAGCCCGGAGGAAAGGCAUUCGGCGCUAGAAAACCUGGCGAUCGAGAAAGUAAAUUUGGCGGGAAGAAGAAAUUUGAAGGCAAAAAGACAUUUGGUGGGAAUAAAAACAAGGAUGGACACUUCAGGCCUAAAGGUCAGAAGGCCAAGCCAGGCUUCAAGAAGAAAGGUUUCAAACAGAGAAAGGGAAAAGGUUCGACGUCUCCGUGUUUCAAAUGUGGCACAGACAGUUUUAGAUUUUUAUAUCUCGCUUCAGUUCGUGACAAAUCUGCUCAUCGACACUGCAGGAUUAAAACGUGCACGAGAGGAACCAAGAUGGUGAACAACUUCACUGAGUGCGAGAGGUUUCAGAUGGCGCUGUUGCCCUCGGUGUACGGGGUGGAGUUCAUCGUGGCCCUGGCGGGAAACCUAUUUGCCCUGUGGCUCCUGGUGGUCAGAGAGAGGAGGAACUGGCACACCGGUGUCGUCUUGUCGUGUAACCUGGCCGUCAGCGACCUGCUCUACAUCCUCACGCUGCCUCUGCUCAUCGCCUACUAUUCGCUGGGGAAAAACUGGAUGUUCGGCGCCGCCGCCUGCAAAAUCGAGAGGUUCCUUUUCACGUGCAACCUCUACGCGAGCAUCUUCCUCAUCAUGGCGAUAAGCGUGAACCGGUGCGUGGCCCUCGCGUGGCCCUUCUUCGCCCGCUCCCACGUGAAGCCGGCCCACGCCAAAGCCGCCAGUGUCGUCAUCUGGAUUGUCGUCGGUUGCAUUUCCUCCCCCGCGUUGAAGUUCGCCUCCGUUUGCCAGAAUGUCCACACGAAGAAGGUCCUGUGCGUUUCCUUCUGCGACCAGAAUCCCGGAGACGAAGUCGCCCACUUCAAGUAUAAAGUGUUUCUGGCCGUGUUUGGCUGCCUCGUGCCCUUCGUGGUGACCUUCGUUUCGUACUGCGUGGUGAUCUGCACGGUGUGCAAAAGUGUCAGCAUAACCAGGCUGGAGAAACGCAAGGUGGCGCUGUUGGUGCUGUCCGUGAUUGUGCUCUAUGCCGUGUCCUUCGUGCCCUACCACGUGUUUCAGAUGUAUCACUUGUAUCUGAGGAUCCGUGAUCCGUCCACGUCCAUCUGCUGGGUUUAUAACAUGUACCAAGUGUCAAAGGGCCUGGCCACGCUCAACAUGUGCAUCCACCCUGUCCUUUACAUGGCUUUGUUUGACAGUAUUAGAGUGGCUUGUUGUUGUUGUAGUAAAAACUCCAAGGACAACAACAGCAUAGUGAUGAGAAAGUAGAGCUGCACGACCUUUUUAUAUUUUGAAAAAUCUGUUAUUGACUAUUUUUUUGCCUUUUUUAACAUAACCAUGUGCAAUAAAAUGACACUCCAUGUAAAA